ACUGCGCGUGCGUGCGUCUGUGCGUGUGUCAACUAGUUGCUAGCUAGCGCUGGCUACUCAGUUAGCUAGCUUGUUGAAACAUUCUCACUUAGGAACCGUUUUUGCCAAGGAGGCCGCUGUCGUUCAUCAUGAGAGAGGACCACCGCUCCCACCUCAUGUCAGUCAACCUUUAACGCCAAAAAACGCAGAGGGACUUCCAGAAAACAAUGAUUAGUCAGCUAACGCCAACAAAAAGUGAAGCUACACUUUGUGGGCAGCCUUGCUCGCUAGCAUCCUGAAGAAGCAGAGCUCUGAGAUUUUGCAAGGACUGGAUGCGGAAGGAGGAUAUGAGGCAAGCUGGACAGCUAAUGCUAAUAAUGAAUGUGUUUUCAUACAGUCAGUGGGUUACCAAUGUGCCAAAAAGUCACUCUCCUGAUUACUCAACAAGGAUUAGGCUAGAGUGUGGCAACAUCGGUGCAGGGAGAGAGCACAUACUGGCACAAGAAUAUGCAAGGACUCUUGAACUCUACUGAAGUAUACAUAUCCAAGACCCAGAACUACUAUUCUUGAUGAACCAGUCUUGGUUAACCUGCCAUCCCAAAUGGAAGUGCCAUCAUAGACACAAGAUACUGUGGCUCGGACUGCUGCACAGUUUUUUGAGCUACAGCCUCGGAGGAAGCGUUUUGGCUUCUUGUUGAACCUGGAGGUGGAGAUGGGUUCCCAAGCUCUUCAGAUACUGCGGCAGGGGGUGUGGGCUUCACUGACAGGUGGAUGGUAUGUGGACCCCCAUCAAAGCACCUUCUCCAACUGCUUCCACCUCUACCUGUGGAUAUUUCUCCUGGCCUUCCCCUUUCUGCUGUACAUGGCUCUUCCUCCUAGCUUGGUUGUAGCAGGCGUGUAUUCAGCUGUGGUGGCCGUCUUCUUCACCGCCAUCAAGGUGGUGAACUACCGGCUCCACGCUAUGUUCGACCUGGGGGAGAUCGUGGAGAAGAAGCAGGCCUCCCUCACAGCUGAUGCACCAAAAACAGAAGAUGGAGAUGAAGGAUCAGGUGCCCAUGAUGGAAAUCAUCGCAGGGAUAGUCACGUUGGAGUGGAGAUGACUGUGUUUCGAAAGGUGAACUCAACACCCCCUGUGCGCUGUAGCUCCCAGCACUCUCUGUUUGGAUUGAACCAGGUGUCGGAGUUCUUGCCCCAGCUGGAGGAUUCAGGGGGGACUAGAGAUAUCAAAGAACUAAUGCGGGAACAAGGAAGCAAUAAUGUGAUUGUCACAUCAGCUCACCGUGAUAUCCUACGCCAGAGUUCCCAAGACACUACUAGGGCGCCCAGUGUGGUCCAGUCCUGCAUUGCUGCUGCUCUGGGAGGGGAUUUCCCUGCUCUCAUGGGAGUGUCUGAAGUGUCCAUUGGGUUUGGAGAACAUGGAGACUGCUUGUCUAUCCCCCCUUCACCCUCCAGUCAAGAAGAUGGAGGUGAGAAAGAACAUUUGCAGGAAGUGGAGGAGCUACCAGGACAACUAUCUCAACAGAGUCCUGAGGACAAUGGGCUGGGGGCUUAUUCUCCCCUCGGCCCCUCUGUUGAAUCCGAGAGCCUGGGGGAUACUCCCCUCAGCCCCCUUAUAAAGAGCAGCUUAAGUGAGGAGCUGAGUGAAAAUCUCCUGGGUUUGGGCCUUGAUCCUGUGGCUUUUGCACCGGGUACUGAGCACCCUGGCAGCCGCAGUGGGGUAGCACUAGCUGCUGGAUCAACAGACAGCUGUUUCAGUGCAGGUGGUGCCACCACAGACCGUGAGACACUAAGCACUGUUAGCAGUUACCGCAGUGAAAAGACUGAUUCCACUCAGCUGGAAAGUCCUUCGUUCAGCCAGCCGAGGCCCGCAGAUGUACAGGCUUCUGGCUCAGCACCAGCGAUAGGCUCUGGCAUCCCCAGAUCCACAGAGGACCCAGCAGGACAGGGUGGCAGUGAUACUGACAACCUGUCGGACAGUGUGCUACUGCGCUCCCCCUCCAAAGAAUACUCCCUCAGUCAGGGGCUUGACAGGACACUUGUUGAAGGAGAGGAUUUGCCCCCUCUACUUUGUGAUAUUGCACAGCCCCCUCCACUCCAGAACUCUUCCCCUUCAAGUAGUGGUCACUCAGAGGUUUGUGAUUUAGACAGAACUGUCCAAGUCCCUCCUCUACCCCCUCCUAGGCAAGCCAAUUCAGUGCCCUCAGGGCUGGCCCUGGGUUUAGUAUGCUCUGAGCCUGCUUUGCCCAUAUCCUCUACCCCCUUUUUGCUGCCUGACCAGCCUGCUCUGCAAGCCCAGCAGGUUGUGCGCCCCAAAGACUUAAAGCUGCUGCGGGCCAGCGGCAGUAGUGUAGGGCACAGGCCGGGCCGAAGGAAAGCUCCACGAAGGCGGGCGGGAGCAGGGAGUAGUAGUUUUGACUGUGGCUCUUACAGGCGUCAUCACAAUCAUAGACAACACAGAGAUUACAUCCCAGUGAGAAACCGACUGGGGGCCAAGGCUUACAGUGAAAGUCUGUUUGAGGAUUCUAGUGAUGAAGACGAUGGCAGUGACAUGAGCGCUGGUUCUAGUCUGGGCUCUCAGAGGAGAUACAGCUCAGAUGACGACGACGAUGACGACGACUCGAGUUCCUCUACCUCCUGUUACUCCCCGGACCUCGCUAACACUGGCAUUACUUCCCCGCUCUCUGCUGCUGCUCAACUGCCUACUCCGAGGGAAGGGGAUUUACCUGAACCUGCUGGCCCCUCACAUUCUCGUGCUGCUCAGCGCUCCUCAAGCACAGCGAGUGCUAAGACUCAUGCCAGAGUGCUCAGUAUGGAUGGGGCAGGUGGAGGCCAGAGUAACACUGCAGCUUUGCCCUCCACUCUGCUUACAAUGCCCUCAACCUCCACCCCUGCACCCCGCACUCUCACUAUCUCCAAGUCUGAUCUGGAAGCCCGCACUGUCCACACUGAUGGCUUUCCCGGCGCUCAUCAUCAUCGGCUGGAUUCUCUCGGAGGCUCUUGGACCGGAAACCAGAUGGGCUGGAGGGCAGAGGAGCUGGUUGAAGAGGGAGCUGUGGGUGGAGCCAUGGCUCCAGAGGACGGGGGCAAACACGACUCAGUCAGCAGUGUUAAGAGGACCCAGGCCAUCCGCAGGAGACACAAUGCUGGGAGCAACCCUACACCGCCCCCAUCCACCAUGGGAUCCCCUCCCAGCCUUCAGGAUCUCCAGCGGGCACGGACCUCCUCUCAUUCACGGACCCGCACACUUCCAUCAGCCUUACAGUUUGCCUCCUCACUCCUACUGCCCCGCAGUGGCAUCCAUGAGGCCUCCACCUUUGACGACACAUCAGAGGGGGCAGUGCACUACUUCUAUGAUGAGAGUGGAGUGAAGAGAUCCUACACAUUUGGACCUGCUGGAGGCGGGUAUGAGGACCCAGUACAGGAAAGGGAGAGACAGUCCCAGUCCUCAAGCUUCACCUCCACUGAGGUCCAGGAAGGGGCUCCAGUUCUGUCUAUGCUCCAGCCCAGACCCGUGGUUUUACAGGGUAUGCAGGUGCGCAGGGUGCCUUUGGAAAUGCCUGAGUUUGAUCUGGAUCACGAGUCUCUGCAAGAGUCUCAGGAAAACACUCUGAUGAUCGAGGAGAAAGCCAAACCCAAACAGUACUAUCGCUUUUGGGUGCUCCCCGGGAAGUGGCUCAGGGUUCGAUAUGAUCGAUUGGCUCUCCUGGCUUUAUUGGACAGGAACCGGCGUGUGGGGGAGAACGUGUUUGCCGUGGUGCUGGCCAGUUUGGUGGCCUUCCUGGGGUUCCUCCUGCUGCUCCAGGGCUUCUUCAGGGACAUCUGGGUCUUCCAGUUCUGCCUGGUUAUUGCUAGCUGCCAGUACUCUUUACUGAAGAGUGUACAACCAGAUGCAGCUUCUCCCAUGCAUGGCCAUAACUGGAUCAUUGUGUACAGUCGGCCGGUCUACUUCUGCUUGUGCUGUGUGAUGAUCUGGAUCUUUGACCUGUCUGGACGCUCCAGCAGCCUGCAGCCUUUCUCCCUCUACGGUGUCACCUUCUUCUCGGCACACUUCUUGCUCUGUGUCAGAGAUAUGCUCGUUGUGUUUGCCUUGUGUUUCCCGGUCAUUUUCCUGUUUGGGCUGCUACCUCAGGUCAAUACUUUUGUGAUGUGUCUGCUGGAACAGAUUGACAUGCACGUGUUUGGUGGAACUGCCACAACCAGCCCCCUCUCAUCUAUGUUCAGCCUCAUCCGCAGUGUGUUGGUGGCUGCUCUGCUGUAUGGAUUUUGCCUCGGUGCUAUCAAUGCACCUUGGGGGGACGCCCAUGUGCCAGUACUGUUCUCUGUGUUUUGUGGCCUGCUCCUGGCCUUGUCCUACCACCUCAGCCGCCAAAGCAGUGAUCCCACCAUCCUUUGGUCAUUGGUCCGGUCUAAGUUAUUUCCAGAGUUGGAGAACCGAAUGCCAGAAGAACCCCCUGUGGAGAUCAAGGACCCUCUUCCUGAGAAGCUGCGUAACUCUGUGAAAGAGAUCCUGCAUUCAGACCUCGUCAUGUGUCCCCUCAUGGCUGUGAUUACUUUCGCCAUCAGUGCCAGCACAGUUUUCAUCGCUCUUCAACCUGCUCUAAGCUUUGUCCUGUACAUCCUGGCCGGAGUCGUAGGCUUCAUCACACAUUAUCUGCUGCCUCAGCUCCGCAAACAGCUGCCAUGGUUCUGCCUGGCUCACCCUGUGCUCCGCUCUCGAGAGUACAGCCAGUUUGAGGUUCGAGACGCUGCUCAGCUGAUGUGGUUUGAGAAGCUUUAUGCGUGGCUGCAGUGUGUGGAGAAAUACAUCAUCUACCCAGCUGUGGUGCUGAACUCCCUGACGACAGAAGCUCAAACCGUGGGACAGAACCAUAAAGAGCUCGACAUCUACAGCCGGGCUCUCUUCAUCUCAAUAGCAGGCAUGAAGCUGCUGCGUUCAUCUUUCUGCACCCCCUCGCACCAGUACGUCACAUUGUGCUUCACUACGCUCUUCUUCCACUUCGACUAUCCGCACUUCUCAGAGACCUUCCUGAUCGACUACUACUUCAUGUCCAUUCUCUUCAGCAAGAUGUGGGACCUGCUGUACAAGCUGCGCUUUGUGUUAACAUACAUCGCCCCCUGGCAGAUCACAUGGGGCUCUGCCUUCCACGCCUUUGCUCAACCCUUCGCUGUGCCCCACUCUGCUGUUCUUUUUGUUCAGGCCAUCUUUUCUGCCAUCUUUUCCACCCCUCUCAACCCUGUCCUAGGCAGCGCUGUGUUCGUCACCUCAUACACCAGACCUGUCAAAUUUUGGGAACGAGACUACAACACCAAACGCGUCGAUCAUUCGAACACCAGACUGGCUACUCAGUUAGACCGCAACCCAGGAGCCGAUGACAACAACCUGAACUCUAUUUUCUACGAGCACCUGACACGCUCUUUGCAGCACAGCCUGUGUGGAGACCUGCUGCUCGGCCGCUGGGGCAACUACACCACAGGCGACUGCUUCAUCCUCGCCUCGGAGUAUCUCAACGCUCUGGUGCACAUCAUCGAGAUCGGCAACGGCCUGGUCACCUUCCAGCUGAGGGGCCUUGAGUUCAGAGGUACCUACUGUCAGCAGAGGGAGGUAGAGGCCAUCACGGAGGGGGUGGAUGAGGAUGAGGGCUGCUGCUGUUGUGAGCCAGGUCACCUCCCACACAUGCUGUCAUUCAAUGCUGCCUUUGGGCAGCGCUGGCUGGCCUGGGAGGUGGCAGCCACCAAGUACGUAUUAGAGGGCUACAGCAUCAGCGACAACAAUGCAGCCUCCAUGUUGCAAGUAUUCGACCUUCGUAAGAUCCUCAUCACUUACUAUGUCAAGAGCAUCAUCUACUAUGUGAGUCGAUCCUCUAAGCUGGAGGAGUGGCUGACAAAUGAGACUGUUCAGGAGGCUCUGCGACCUUGUCUUGGGCCUAACUACGUAGACAGUGACCCUACCUUCAACCUGAACAUAGAUGAGGACUACGACCACAGGGCCUCUGGCAUUACCCCCUCCUCAUUCUGCAUGAUUUAUCUGGACUGGAUUCAGUACUGCAACAGCAGGCGUCAAACGCCAGUGGCCUGUGAAAGAGACUCUCCUCUUGUAAACCUGUGUUUCGGGCUGUGUAUCCUUGGAAGAAGAGCUCUGGGCACGGCGUCCCACAGCAUGUCUGCAAGCUUGGAGCCGUUCCUCUAUGGCCUCCAUGCUCUCUUCAAGGGAGACUUUCGCAUCACGUCUCCCAGGGAUGAAUGGGUGUUUGCAGAUAUGGACCUGCUGAAUCGGGUCGUGGCGCCAGGAGUACGGAUGUCUCUCAAACUGCAUCAGGACCACUUUACAUCCCCGGAUGAGUACGAGGAUCCCAUGGUUCUGUACGACGCCAUCACUGCCAACGAGGAGAAGAUGUUGAUAUCUCAUGAGGGUGACCCCGUGUGGCGCAGCGCUAUUCUAGCUAACAUGCCUUCAUUGCUCGCGCUGCGCCACAUCAUGGAUGAUGGCAGCGAUGAAUACAAGAUCAUCAUGCUGAACAAGAGGUUCCUCAGCUUCAGAGUCAUCAAGGUGAACAGAGAGUGUGUGCGUGGGCUGUGGGCAGGGCAGCAGCAGGAGCUGGUUUUCCUGCGUAACCGUAACCCUGAGCGCGGCAGCAUUCAAAACGCCAAACAGGCCCUACGGAACAUGAUCAACUCCUCAUGCGACCAGCCCAUCGGCUACCCUAUCUACGUGUCCCCCCUCACCACCUCCUACGCCGGAGGGCACAGCCAGCUCCGCUCUGUGUGGGGAGGACCUGUAAGCCCACACAACAUUUACACCUGGCUCAUCAGCAGCUGGGACAGGUUACAGAAGGGUUGUGGUGCUGGCUGUAACAGCGGAGGAAACAUUGAGGACUCCGACUGUGGAGGCGGCUCCACUUCCAUCUCUACCAACCCAGCCAUUCACACCACCCAGAGCACACCUGCCUCCAGCCUUCCCCAGCCCCACAUCACCACUCUCCAGCCCCCAAUGGGUACAGACAACCCCUUAGGUCCAACCCAGAGCUGGCCUCAUCACCCCCAGCCUCUCCCAUUAGCUCUUCUCAGCCAAUCCGAGGGCAGGAUUGAGGCAGGACUGCUCACAUCCCUCCAGCGUACAUCCUCCAUCCAGGGGCUCCUGGGCCAGCAGCUGUCCAGCUCCCAGCUCUCCUUCAGCAGCACCAUGGCUCCUCCCCCUCUGCCAGGUUCAGAGCGCUUCUGCCCAGCCAGCCUCUUGGAGAACUCGGGCCACAGAGCGGGCCAGCGGGCUGGCCUCAGCCUUGGCCAAGGCAGUGGACUUCACUAUGAGAGCCACUUUGGCAAGUGGAGUUUUUCAGGCAGGAAGGGCUUUAACGGACCAGCCGCAGUGGAGGAAGGAGGACCAGUACAGACCAUACGCACACAGCCUGCUCCUCCUGCACUCCUACAUGAGACCAGUCUAACACAUGAUCCCCUGGGAGUCACUCAGACGCUGGACCCCACCCUGCUGAAUGCAGGGGACCCCCCCACCCCCCGAGAGGAAUCCACAGAGCUGCCUUUACUCGAGCACCUGCGCUGAGUCUGCACCAGGAAGACCCCGGGUGACAGUCUCUGCAGCAAAAGCACAUUCGGCGGUCGAAUCUGGACCAGACUCCAGACUCAUUCCAGCCCUUUGGGACUCAUUCCAUCAUCCCUCCUUUAACUCAGUUGAAACAUGACUUCUAAAUCCUCUAAUGGCCGACUGCAGUACUGGAUAGAUUCAGUUAGACAAACAUCUCCCCUCUCCGUGUCAGCCAAAGGAGUGAAACAUCUGAUAGCAUGCUGAGCUGAUGCACGUCAGAUCAUGAAAUGAUUUCAGCCAAAGUCCGCUUUCACCGGGACUUGUAGGCUUGAUGGCGUUCUCAUUCUCUCUGACGAAGGCACACAGUGUCUCUAUGGACAACCUUUAAGUUGGAACAGUAGUGACAGGCCAGAAAGGCCAGUGCAAUGAAAAGGGAUAUUUCGCUUGAGGAUUGAUUAUUUUUCUAUACUGAAGAAAAAAAUAUGAACUCUGACUUUCUCUCACUUGACAUCUGCAGCAGAUUUUUUUUUUUUUUUGCAUAAGUAAUUGAAAAAAAAAAAAAAAAGUGUGGCUGUUAAGUGCAGGUGAAGGAUAAGUGGAAACCACAAUAAGCCUUGUUUUCUUUUUCCCCGUUCAUCACCCUCAUCUGACCUACAGUUAUGUUUCAAACAAUAUUUAACAGAAAAUAAUGACCAAGUUCAGGAGCCUCAGCAUCGUCGUCUUCUUCUUCCCUGCACAUUACUCAUACUGGACAAGAAAAAAAAAACAACACCACCAAAACUGUCAUCUGUUUCCUCUUGCUUAUUUCCCACAGAGGUUCCUGACCACAUCAAGACUCAACAGGUCUGUCUUGGAACAAGUUUCAGGGAAUACAAAAAGAAAACUCCCUUCCACCCCCAGCCAACAUGUGGUGCUUUUACCGCUAGUUUACAGUCUAUGUAGGCUUGGAUACGACUCCUGAAUCUGACUAGCAGAGUGGAAACCUGGGAUGAGUUCAGGUGGAGCUGCUGCGCUCGGAUCAGGAUCGAAUUGAGAAAAAUUCCAAUCUGUGAAAUUGUGUUGAUCACAAACUUACAAACUUGGAGUGUUGGAAACUUAAAGCCUUUAUUAUUUUGGUGAGUGGAAUGUCUUUUUUUUUUUUACUUUACUUGAAGAGUUCCUCAGUGUCUAAGGUGCACUGAGUUUGUUUUCUUUGGAUGAUCAAUAACACCUCCCCCUCUGAUCAGAUCCACUCAGCUCAUGACUUUCUCAAUAGCAGAGACCCAGGCGGCUUUGUGCAGGGGGCUCCGUUUUCUCCCUCCCUGUUUCUAUACUACUGCUUCUGCAUCUCCUGCUACUGCAAAUAUACCCACUACUACUACUGCUGUCUCUACAACAGUUAAUCCAGCGUUUUAGUUGGAAACACAAAGCUGAAUAAAUACUGAAAGCAAAGGUGGAAUAUUUAUUUGAAUACUAUUGUCUUAUGUCAGAUAUCUUUAACGGGGUUUGUCAAUAUUGUAUGCUGAUGUAACCAAUUUGGGAAUCUGCCUUCUGUCGACUCCCCUCCCUCCCUCCCUCCCUCCCUCCUUCCCCUCAAUUUGUUUGCUGUCAUCACAUUUGUUUCAUCUCACUGAUGGCUGGUCUUUAUUUUUAUUUUUUUUAGUGUGAAAUAACUGGAAGUGUUUCCUGAGAAGUCACUUGACGUUGGUUUCUUUCCCACUCUUGCACUCUUUUUGUUCCCCCACUGUGAAAGGCGAUUUAAAACACUGACUAAGAGGGUUGCGGUAGAUGGUGUGACGCAAGAAGAAGCUGGAAGACCGACUCAAUUCGGCCAUAACUGUUCCCCUUUGGUUGCUUUGUCCCAGUGCACCCGGUCUAAUAAAUAACCUCUUUCUGCAGCUUCAAAUACUGCAGAGGAAACUCUGUGUGCUGGUUUUUCUCUCCAGUGGUGGUGUCCCCCCCCCCCUGUAGAAAACUUGAAAAGAUGGCCAGUGUUCUCAGGGUUGAAAAACAAGGACAGAUAUUGGCACAGUCACCAUAAGGAAGAAACUAAUGAGGAUGGAUUGAAGUGAGGUGUGUAGAGCCCUGAGUCAGAUUGAGAAUAAAAAGGCCUCUCUUAUUUUGAAAUUUCUUCCCCACAA